CCCAAGGAUUCUAAAUUUCAUUUAUCUAAAAACCGGGUGGGUCAUUUUUAUUCGAUGCCCUACGAAACUUUGACUUAACCCUGCCCUCUCCUCCCAGCUUUCAUCUCUCUCCCUCGCAGACUCGCCGCCGCAGCAACUAUCACUGAGAACCCAUAGCGAUAACCUUCAUGGAUCUCUGUUUUGGCAGUCAUUUUCUCUUCGUCAUCUUCGAUCAACACUUCUCUGGUAAGGAUGAGUCACGUACUUCUCUGGAACUUCCAUUGUCAGAACUCUCUCUCUACCCCUGGGCAUUCUCGUGUUCUACCUCUGAGAAUGAUUUCAACUAGGUACACAUAUGGAUAAUUGAGCAUCCUACUAAUGAAAACUUCCAAGGCACAGCAGCGGAACAAAUUGGGACGGAUCAAGGAACAGAAGCUAGGUUGGUUAGUUUGGUUCUGGCUAUUUGUCAAUGCCUUGACUGGGAUAACAGCAGCAAUGGAAUUGUUUUACUAUGGCCUCCGAGACACCACAGCUACAUAUACAAAUUUGUUUUUAUCUAUAUUGUUGAUUGUAACCUAUAUAAUAAUGGAUGGAGACUUGGUUUGCCCUGAAAAGAUGGGAAGAUCUGUAGAGGUUGGAGUAUGAGCCAGUAUGAACCGUUUGAAAGCUGCAAUGUUUUCUCCAGGUGCUUUGAAGUUUAAGAUGGAGGUUUAUGGAAUAAAGAAAAACACCCUUACUGAGCAGGAGCUUGAGUUUACGUGUUAGAAGUUGCAAUCUCCAGAAUAUCUAGUACAACUCACUUUUUAAUUUGGCAAAGUUAUAGUUCGAUCAUUGUUAGUAGUUGUUUAUUGGAUCAUUACUUAUAGCUUAUUAACUUUGUGCUCAUUGUAGUGUAUUUUAGUUAUAAUAUGUACAUUUGGUUAGUAUUGUAUCAAAUUAUGUAAUUUUUUUUUUGUGUCAUGAAAAAGAUACAAGGACGUUUUUUGUACGUCCUAAUAGACUUUAGAUGACGUUUUUAUGAGAUACCAGGACGUUUUUCUUGUGUCCUUUUAGAUAUUAAAUGACAUUUUUUUGAGUUACAAUGA